AAUUCCAAUUAGACCAUCCUAAACCCAAGCCCAAAUGACCCUCGCUUCCUUCGUCCUUCUCUGUGUUCCUCAAAGUCUCUUCCACCCCUUUUUGCUUCAGAUUCACAUCCCAAACUCUACUAAUUCUCCAAGCCUGAUCCCGUACCAAUCCAACCGUACAAACCCAACGUUGGAUUUUGAGCCACGGUGAGUCCUCUGUUUUUGUUUUGUUGCGAUUCCUGGGUUGCAUGAAGAAGAUGAAGCUGUAGAUACAACUGAUCGCUGGUUCUAGGAUAAUUGGUUUCUUUCUUUUAAGGCUUCCUGAUAGACUCCCACUUGAUAUUGCUAUAAGAUUGCAAUCUAAACUGGGAUUUCUAUAGGUGACAAGAAAGAGAUCUGCAUAAUGAAAAGGGAGAGCAGCAGUGGAAGUAGUGCUAGCGAGGACUCCAGUUAUCUUGAAGAAGAAGUAAAUGUGGACUCUGACGACGACUCAAAUUAUCUUGAAGGAGGAAACUCAGACGCCAAUGUGUUCUCUGGGGAGGGUCAGUCUCCACGGCAGGGUUAUACUUUACUGAGAGAAGAAGAAAUUGGCCAACUUCAGGAGGAUGAUAUUGCAGGAGUGUCUACUGUCCUGUCCAUAUCGAAAUCCGCUGCAUGCUUCCUACUAUGUCACUUUAGUUGGAGGGUCAAUAGACUGAAGGACGAAUGGUUUUCUGAUGAAGACAAAGUCCGGGAAGCAGCAGGCUUGUUGAGGAAGCCGGUAUUCCUGCAUCGAUUAGGUAGUGUCAAUUGCGGAAUAUGUUUUGAUGACUAUGACUAUUCAUGCGAUGAAUUAGCCGGUGGUACUAUUUUCUCAGCUGCUUGUGGUCAUCCUUUUUGUAAAGAUUGUUGGACAGGUUAUAUUAGCACAUCGAUUAACGAUGGUCCGGGAUGUUUGAUGCUGAGAUGUCCUGAACCAUCUUGUAGUGCAGCAGUUGAUCGGGAUUUGAUCCGAAAUGUGUUGAAAAACCAACAUGAUCACGAGAUUGAGAGGUAUAAGCGCUACCUUCUGAGAUCUUAUGUCGAAAAGCAUAAGCAGAUGAAGUGGUGCCCUGCUCCUGACUGUGAGUAUGCUGUCAAAGUGUUUGAUGAAGAUUUGACUGGAAAUGGAAGCUGUUAUGAUGUUUCUUGCAUCUGCUCAAAUAGCUUCUGCUGGAAUUGUGUUGAGGAGGUUCAUAGUCCCGUUCAGUGCGACACUGUGGGAAAGUGGAUAAUGAAGAACAAGGAUGAUUCCCAGAAUGCACAAUGGAUAGUGGUUAAUACUAAGCCCUGUCCCAAGUGCAAAACACCGAUUGAGAAGAACAAUGGGUGUAAUCACAUGAGGUGCAGUCCGCCUUGUGGGCAUCACUUUUGCUGGUUAUGCCUCGGGCCACUUGGUUGCAAGUGCAAUAGUUUCAAUCGAGCUGCAAACCAAAAUGCGAAGAAGGAGGAGAGUCAGAGUGAAAGGGAGAGGAAGAGGCUAAAGAUGAGUUUAGAGAGAUACAAUCAUUAUUAUGUGCGCUGGGCAAACAAUCAAGCUUCAAAGAAGAAGGCAGUUGAGUCAUUGCGUAAGGCGCAAACAGUGCACAUCGUGAAACUUGCUAGCAAACCAAUUCCCUUUCUUACCAAGACUAAUGAUUUCGAGUUCAUUAUGGAGGCAUGGAAACAGAUAAUUGAAUGUAGGCAGGUGAUCAAAUGGACCUAUGCAUAUGGUUAUUACAUACCCGAGGAAAAUAAAUAUGACAAGAAGCGGCAGCUGUUUGAGUACUUGCAGGGCCAAGCAGAGCACAGCCUGGAGAGGCUUCACCAAUGUGCCGAGACUGAAAUGAUAGAGUUUGUCAAGGAUUGGGCCCCGUUGGAAAAGUUCCCGGACUUCCGUCUAAAGCUCAUACAAUUGACAAAUGUGACCGGUACUUAUUUUAAGAAGCUGGUUACAGCCCUGGAGAAUGGCCUCUCGGAGGUGGAGACUAGCUAGUUUAUGUUGCUAUUACCUUGUCAUUUUCUAUGCUUCCUGUUAUUUCAGUAUUCAGUAGUACUAUCAUCUGAUUGAGAAUUUAGCUAGUUAUCGAAUGUCUAGAGAUGCUGAUGCAUCUCCAGUAGGAUGUAUCUCUCAAAUUCCUUGUGGUUCUAUGUCUUAUAAACUUAAACCAUGUGAUAACUUGGUUUGAUCUGUUUCAUUCUAACUAUGCUGCAAUAAAUCAAUCAAAAUGUGCCUGGUAUAUAUACUAUUUUGAUC